AUGGCUUCUAAAACAGAGCUUGUUGAGCUCAGACGCAGGAUGAAUCGAUCUAUGUCGAGGGUUCUGAAUCUCCUCAGAUCAAAAGACAUCCCAAACGCGACUAUGCCAACGCAGAGCUUCGAGCCGCGGAUCGGAGCACCGGUGAAGGACCCACUCGCCAUCGGGAACAAAGACCCAGUACCAGGGCCAAAGAAACCUCCCCCGCCACCACCUAACACCCCAACCGGGGACUCAAACAAGGCCGCGUUAGAGCCGUUCGAUGAGGCAGAGGCCGUCCUCUCGAGAAAACUACAAGAGGUAAGUGACAUGGAGGUCCUCGGGCGCUCAGGGGCGUCUUCUCCGACUUUACCUACAUUUCUGGACUCGCCUUCGGAUAGUCUGCGCGGUAGUCCACCCCCGACUCCUCCUCCAAGCCCACCCCCAUCACCACCGCGGAAUCGCUGGGAGGUGGAGGCACUUGCCGAGGCUCUCCCGCAGUUGGAAGAAAUCUUGUCGGGCCCGGACCUUGAGGAAAUCGAGAGCGUCCGGGUGGUUGUCACGAGGCCGUUGGCAGGAUGGCUGUUAGUUCCGAGGCCUCCGCCCACUCCGUACCAGCCUUGUGGCUAUGAUGGAGAAAUUAUGGUUAGUUAUGGCGUUUUCGUCAUCAGAUGGGGAUAUGUGGAUUUGUGGUUCUUGGGUGAGAGUGCGGGGGAGCCGGUAGAGAAGGAGUAUCGGUUUGGGAGGGCUAGGCGCGAUUUCUAG